AAUCCCAGCAUGCUGUAAUAUUCUUUUUUAUAAUGUUUUUUUUUAUCUAUUGAAACUCACUGUUUGGGCACAAAAUACUUUUCUAAACCAAAUCCGAUAUGAUAAAUAUGAUAAUAAUGUAGAUAGACAGCCUAUGUCCGUGACCUUGACACAGUUUAUACGGAGUGCAUAUGGAACAGCCGAAGCCAAGCAGUUAUGGAGCAGUUGUUGAUAACUGCUGCGGCAAUCCUUUUUGCUCCGGCAGCAUUGGGUAUUCUUUUGGUUGUUGUGUUGGCAUCUGUAGGUCAAUCUGUAGGAAUUAGGAAGAAAUAUGUACAGGUUCUCCUAAAAAUAUUUGAGUAUGGACGACAAAAGAUAGAGCACAAACAAGGGUUUAUUCAGGAUUCUGCAGAGGAACAAACCGGUAAGGAAUUAGGAGAAGAUGGUCAUGCUGGUGAGGAAGACAAAAAAGCACCGUCUGGGAAUGGUUGUGUUCAGUCUGAGGAAUCAGGAAUGCAUGUGAUAGAGAGAGAGAUGCCACUAAGAGCUUCCGAAGGAAUCAGAAUCUCCAACGUCCGUUCUGUAGAGACCAUGCAGAGAGAAUUUCAACUCACAGAUACAAUGUACUUCUGUAAAAGUGGUGUAGAGGCCAUAAUUGAAGAUGAAGUAACAAAAUGUUUUAGUUCUGAAGAGCUUCCUUCAUGGAAUUUGUUGUCCAGAACAAACAACAACUAUCAAUAUCUGAGUGUUCGCCUGACUGUCCUUUGGGGCUUAGGGGUUUAUGUUAGAUACCUUUUCUUGUUGCCAUUCAGAAUAAUAUUAGCUGUAAUUGGUAUUGCAUGGUUGAUUAUUAGUACAGCCUUCAUUGGAUAUUUACCAAAGAACAGGUUUAAGAAGAUACUCAACCAGUAUGUCAGUCUCAUGUGUUACCGUAUAUUAUGUAGAGCCUUUUCUGCUGUUAUUACUUUCCACAACAG